AUGCCCAUCGUCACCGGCGCCCUUCCCUUUGUCGCCGUGAGCGCGACGACGGGGAAGAUCGCCUCGAUCGGGUACGAAUUCGCCGCCGAGGAGACGCACGAGACGCGCACCGAGACGAAUGAUGACGCGUCGGACGCGCGCGACGCCACGCGCGAGGCGACGACGAACGGCUCGGGGGGAGACAUCUUACGAGACUGGCAAGUGAUGCAAACGAGACUCGAUCGCGAGGAGGAGGCGGAGACGAUGCGGGAGUUGUGGAGGAACGACGCCCCGGCGUGGUUGGAACGAAGCAAAACGACGUGGCGGGCGAGACAUCUGGCGAGGCAGUUCGCGAGGGAACGCGCGAGUGGGAACCCGAAUCCAAAGGUUGGAACGACGCGGAGGGAUGGAGACGGCGAUGGGGGGUCGGUAGGGAAGCAAACGCGGAAAAAUCGGUCGUCGGGCGAGCCGUUGGUGCAGCUGGGCGAGCGCGGACGCGCGGGUCUCGGGAAGGUGGCGUGCUCGAUCGAGGAUCUGUUGGCGAGCGGUCUGUUGGUGCCAGGGAAAGAGAAGUUGUACAUCGUGUAUCAGGAUAACACGUGGUGCGCGGAUUUGGACGAAAAUGGGCUGAUUUCGUUCAGAGGGAAGACGUUUACGAGUCCGAGCGCUUGGGCGAUUUUCGCCAAGCGAAUCACGAAUCCCACGAAGAAGGCAGACGACGGAUGGAAGAGCGCGCGAUACGGACACCCCGACGGUCCGACGUUGGAUCAGGUGAAAGGAGAGUACGCGCGCAUGCAACAGCUCAAGGCUGCGGGAAUUGAGGUGAGCGCGCAGGAAGCGGGAAAAUCUAUGAGCGGCUCCAAUCGAGCCGCCGGAGACUCGCCGGCGCCUCGGUCAACCCCUCGAAAACGCAAGGCGUCAGAUAUCGUCACCGCGAGCGCCGACGAUAUGACGUGGACGCACAUGUUUCCUGGAUGCGAGCACGGCGCGCCUGAGCCGUACGCCGGAAAAACUGUUGACUCAAACAUGGAGUUCAGCUCCCUCAUUGGACGAUAUAUCUGCGUCCACUGGGAGCGCCAGAGCGUUUGGAUGGCUGGCAAAGUAAUCAAGGUUCGAGACCUCGAUACCCACGUCGAGGCGGACGUCUUAUUCGCUAGCGGCAAAAUAGAACGCAGUAUCGACAUGGAGGAGUUAGCCGGAGAGGGCAGUCUCGUCGUCCUCGACGUCCCGUCGUCACCCACGAAGAAGUGA